GGCUCCAGUGAGCUAUGAUCCGGCUAGUGCACUCCAGCCUGGACAACAGAGACUGUCUCUCUGCCCAGGGCAGUGAAGUACUUGGGCCUCUAACAAACAUGUGUAGAUAUAUAUUUGCUGAAUCGAUUUGCUGCACUCAGUUAUAGCGCUUGACUUAUGGAUUCGUUCACUAAUUAAUUAAUCUCGUUAUAAGUAUUUACUGAGCAGUUGUUACAGGCUGUGCAUUAACAGAGUUGCUUUUUGAGGUCCAGGUUGGGUGGACGAGGGGCGUGGCUUUAGUGGUUCCCGCCCACAACAGCGAGACCCAAUCAGACCCGCGAAGGAGGUGGAGUUCCGCCCUGUUUGUCGCGGCCGGCCCGGAACUCGGGUUGCGGAGGUUAUCUGUGCUUCCGGUGGAUUCCCGGGCUGCCGGAGGUGUGGACUUAGCCUCCCAGAGGCUCUGGGAAGAUGUUCUACCAUAUCUCCCUAGAGCACGAAAUCCUGCUGCACCCGCGCUACUUCGGCCCCAACUUGCUCAACACGGUGAAGCAGAAGCUCUUCACCGAGGUGGAGGGGACCUGCACCGGGAAGUAUGGCUUUGUAAUCGCUGUAACCACCAUUGACAAUAUCGGUGCUGGGGUGAUCCAGCCAGGCCGAGGCUUCGUCCUUUAUCCAGUUAAGUACAAGGCCAUUGUUUUCCGGCCCUUUAAAGGAGAAGUCGUGGAUGCUGUUGUCACUCAGGUCAACAAGGUUGGACUCUUCACAGAAAUUGGGCCUAUGUCUUGCUUCAUCUCUCGACAUUCCAUCCCUUCAGAGAUGGAGUUUGAUCCUAACUCCAACCCACCAUGUUACAAGACAAUGGAUGAGGAUAUUGUGAUUCAGCAGGACGAUGAGAUCCGCUUAAAGAUUGUGGGGACCCGUGUGGACAAGAAUGACAUUUUUGCUAUUGGCUCCCUGAUGGAUGAUUACUUAGGGCUUGUAAGCUGAGCCUGGUGGCCUCCUACCCUUGGUCCUGAUCUAGGAAGUGUGAUUGUCACACUUACUGUGUUGUCCAGAGGUCCAGUCUGGCUGCUGUUGUGGAGGCAAGGAAGGCAACUCAUCCCUGGAAGGUUCUUCUUUUGGCUUAGCUACUGCUUUCUGAUUUUUCAGUACGUGUUCUAUGUAAAAAAGCCCUUGGUUCUCAUGGAA